GGUGUUCUUUAGGGUACAAAUCCCCAGCAGCGUCUGUUAUGCGUCAGCUGGAUGCUCGAUAAUCGCCACCACCACGACUACACAGUACUGUGGUACAACCACCCCGCGCUCUGUGACGCAACUUGUACUGUGAUACUGGCCUAUCCCGCACUCCCCUGAGCUGCGCUGCAACAACGGGAAUUUGGCCUGCGUGAACACAAAGCCACCUCCAUCGACUGACGUCAUUGGCCGGCCCCCCAACCUCUAUAAAUGGGCUCUGGCUUCUUUAUGCACAGGUGCAGAUCAACGAAAAGAACACGUUACUAGGAGCUUUUAACUCGAAUGUAAACACGAAGGGAAUCAUCUCAGACUUUUGUUUCACAUCUGGAUCAAUCCACCACAACUAUGCCAGACAAGGAGGGACAGCAACAACACAUCCCCAACCCCGCCUACGAGGAGCAUGGCGAGGAAGAACAACAGAAAGGGACGGGUGGCCUACUCUCCACUGUCGGCGACCCAAUAGGCAAAGUCCUCAACACCGGCCUCCGCCCCGUCGGCGCUCCGCUCGAAAAGGUCACAAAGCCUCUCGGCGAUGCUGUCGGCGGAACCACGAAGCCUGCCCUAGGCCCUCUGAUGGGCACAAAGGAAGAGCGCAUGGAGAUCAUCGGAGGAGAUAAUAAGGAUAGCUAUUUGCACCGGCCAGAGAAGAUUGCGGGCAAGGAGCAGACGGGGGAUAAUCCGCUGGGGUUGGAUCAGACGGGCCGGUGGGGGUUUAGGGAUGAGGACUAGGCUGUUGAGCGAUUUUGUGAUAUCCUGGAGCUUUACUUCUCUGUGGUAAUGGAUGAAAAGGUCAGGUUGACCAGUUUAUAUUGUGAAUGAC